UUUAUUCUCUCUCUCUCUGACUUUUAUUCUUUCUCUCUUCGAAUCUAUAGUUGUCAGUUAGAUUCUUCUUCUGCUUCUUCGUAUAUAUACACAAAUCUUUGAUCUGAGAGACGGAAUCAACCCGAAAACCGCCGCCGGAAUCUAUGGCUACGGCAGCGAUAUUCUCAUCUCUCGCCGUCGCUAGAAGCCUUUCUAUCCCCCGUUGACCUCACCGGCCUCGCUCUCGUUCAAACCAUAGCCGCAAUGUCCACAGAGAUCGUCUCUUCCUUCGGCAACACACGAUUCUCCUUUCAAGGAAGAAACGCUCGUUCCCUGAUUCGCAAGAUCGAGAUCUUCCUCGUGUUAUUCGAAUCCCUAACGGAAUCGGGCUGGGGCUCGACCCCUUCCUCAUCAUCCUCGACUGCGUUGCUGUGCCUCAAGGAGCUCUACCUCCUCCUCGACUACUGCGGUCAUUCCAGCAAGCUAUGGCUAAUCCUCCAAACUCAAUCCACGAUCUCAACCAAGAGAUCUCGACUCUCCUCGACGUCUUCCCCGUCAACGAUCUCAGCCUCAGCGAGGACGUCAGAGAGCCAAUCGAGGAGAUCGAGAUUGUACAUCGAUAACAACGACGAGUGCGUUUGUUGUUCAGAUUCUGUGAACUUCCAGGGAACAUGUACAAAAAAAAUUAUGUACAUGGGCCACGCACCUGCAGCUGGAAAUUAUGACGAUUCUUUGGAAUCUAGGCGAGAGGUUCUGAAGCAAGAAAACCCUGAGACUGUUCAAGAGAACCAGUACACAUAUGCACACUCCGAACCAGAGUAUGCUAAGCAGCAGCAACUGAAUACUGCAUAUGAUGCGUCACAGACUAAUGCUCAGAAUCAGAUGCAGAAUCUUGCUUCGUUAUCAAAUGUUGAUGUUUUGAAUCAGCAGGGAUAUCCACACUCAGAUCCCAACAGUUUAUUGGCACAAACAGCACAAAACGCGAGGGAGCUUGAUUUACAGUAUUCCGCCUUUGCUCAAUCUGUGCAGUCAAGAAAUAGCGAGAAUCCUUCACUUGGUGGCCAGAGCAUUUCCAUGCCAGAGGCGCUCCGAGGCAGUGGGAUCCCGGGGACGCAGCCAAUGCAGCAAAACUUACAAGGUGCUAAUAUCGCCACUGGACCAGCACUUCCUCAACAGCUUCCUCAAAUGCAUCCUUACUCUCGGCUCACAAUGCCGCUAUCACACUUUGCAAACAUGAUUAGUUAUCCUCUUAUGCCUCAGAACUAUCCAUACAUGCCAUCCGCUUUCCAGCAAACAUACGCGGGUAACAGCUCAUAUCACCAGCAACUAGCUGCGUUGCUUCCGCAGUAUAAAACCAAUCUCUCUCCCAGUAGUUUGCCUCAGUCUGCAACAGCGCCUGCGUCCGCUUACGGAUUUGAGAACUCCACUAAUGUUGGAUCCGCUGGAAACUUCCCUCUUAGCCAACAGUCUGCUCCUACCGGUUAUGAUGAUGUUCUGAGUUCUCAAUACAAAGAGAGUAAUCAUCUGUUGGCACUUCAACAUCAGCAGCAGCAGAACGAAAACUCGGCGAUGUGGCAUCACGGUCAUGGCUCUCGGACCAUGUCAGGUGUCCCGGCUAACACAUACUACAACCUCCAAGCACAACAACAACAGCAACUACAACAGACUCAGCAAGCAGCAGCAGUAGGGUAUCGUCAAGCUCAGCAACAACAACAGCAGCGUUAUGGAUCUUAUGGCUACUCUAAUUUCUAUCAGUUCCAAACAGAAAUGUCGCUCGAGCGCCAGCAGCAAAACCCUAGAGAUGGUGCGGGGGCUCAGGUUGGUCAGCAGCCCUCAGAUCAAACCCAGCAGCUCUGGCAAAACUCUUACUAAAUGAAGAAAGAGUGUGUUCUUCUUUCAGUUAUAAAGUGGUUUUGUUUGGCGAGGCAUGGAUAUGGUCUGAAUAUAUGUUAUAUAAUCAUCAUCUUUUAUGUCUACUCUGUUAACUUAGGUAACAGGCAAUUCUGAUUUCAUCGAUGCAAACUUAUAAAACAAAAAUAGGUGAACCUUUUCUUUCUUUUUUUACUGUCCCAUGUGUUUGAACGUUUGAUAAUCUGCCUCUUAUUUACUAGUUCUUACUUCU